CUUAACACUUUGAUUAAGAAAGAGUUUUUCUUUUUAUUUUGAAAGCUGUUUUCCAAUAAUUCUCUAAUUCUUGGAAGGCUAAUGACUUUGCUUCAUUCUUAAUUUCUUCCAAGUACUUGAAGGUGACGACUGAGGAGCAUUAAAAGAAAGAAACCCAUCUCUCCCUCCUUUUCUCUCUUCCUUUUGUACAGAGCAUUUUUUUCCAUUCAUGUCAGCUUUCAGUGGCACAGCAUAUAGUAUUGUUUGUAAUUAUGGCAUCUUCAAACUAAAGAGAGGAAAACAGCAAGCCUGCUUGAAAGUUUGAACCCUCCUUCAACAACAGAGGACAGUACCUUAAAACACAUCAGCUUAGGUGCUUGCUUUUGGUUAAAUCAUGAAGCGGCUCAGUUCCUCAGGUUCCCUGGAUGCUUUGAUUUCCAUCUGUCCACCUAAAGAAGAGAAGAAUUCAAAGAAGAAGCAAAUUUACAGCAGGGAAUUCCAGGCAAUGUUAGAUGGUUUAGAGGAGGAAGACAGUUUAGAAGAAGCAGGUCAAGCUACUGAGAAGAAAAGGCGAUUAUCGAUCGGUCAGGUUAAGGCCUUGGAGAAGAAUUUCGAGUUGGAAAACAAGUUAGAGCCAGAGAGAAAGGUGAAAUUAGCAGAAGAAUUAGGCUUGCAGCCAAGGCAAGUAGCUAUUUGGUUCCAAAAUCGUCGAUCCCGUUGGAAGACUAAGCAGUUGGAGAAAGAUUAUGCCAUCCUUAAAGCCAAUUAUGAUGCUCUUCAGCUUGACUAUAACAAUCUUGAACAAGAAAAAGAGGCUUUAACUGCAAAGUUGAUAGAGCUGAAAGAUAAGCUCAAAGAAGAGAAUUCAGAAAGCAGCCACUCUAUUAAAGAAGAUUCUCCUAAUUUUUCACAGCAGAACAAAGAGCAUGAUUUCCGUGACAAUGAUGAUGAUUCCAAUGGAAUUAAUAAAGAAGAAAGCAAUGCCAAUGCUCAGUUAUUGAUAUCACCAGCUUCUUCUUCUUUUCAGUUUAAUGGAUCUUCUUCAUCUUCAGAUUCAUCAAAUCAUCACUGGUUUCAACCAUUUGACUCAAGAACGAUUCUGGGUAAUAUGUAUCAUCCCCAGUUAGUGAAAGUGGAAGAGCAAUGUAUGUUUACUGCAGAGGAAUCUUGCAAUUUCUUCUCAGUUGAUCAAGCUCCAACUCUUCAAUGGUAUUUCCCAGGGCAGUAAAAACAAUGAAGCCCCCAAAACCAUAAAGCUUUUAAAAUUAUUGCAGAAGGAAUAAAAUAGCCUUAAAAAAGUUUUGUAAUUUAGGACUUAAGUUCUGCUAUUCUAUUGUUUUAGAAAAACAAAUAUGGUUAGUAUAUGCUUCAACAAUGAACAUCAUCAGCAAAUGUCCAAGUAGUUAAUUGACUAGAGUGUAAGUGGAGGAUUUCACAUCAAGGAGACGCCUUUUCUCAAUUGCAUGUGCCUUAGCAAUUAGCAUGCCACUAUUAAUUGAGGGAUUGAUUGAGGAAAUGAGGAGUGAGGAUCUGUAAUAGCAGCAAGCACAAGGCUAGGCUGUCCAAUGUCCAUGUAGGAUACUGGAUUCGGCCAUCCUAAUCCUACAACAAAGUUUCUUUUCCUUUUGAUUUGACUUCAAAACCGGAGGCGCUCGAAUGUAUUUACACAAAAUAUGUCCUUCCCUUCUUCAAAGUUGUGAAUUUUUGCAACAGUUUUUAAGCUGGCAUUGCAAAAAUGCAAAAUAUGACUGGCUAAACCUGUUUUCCAUUUAAGAGAGCUAUGAACAUG